GCUAAAGCGCAUUUCGCAGGUCUGUAGGCUACAUUUUGCACACUCGACCGCGGCACAUUUUUGUCAACGGAAAUGAUGAGAGAGUCAGUAGUUCUUUCCGUGUCUGGGUUUCCUUCCUGAAACUUUGCGGAGGUCUGUUGCACUUUUUCAACAUGAGAGAGACAGCAACGGGCUUUUUGGCUUGCAGGUACAUUUCAGAUAUAUAUUUGUUGCUCUUGACCGACGUUUGUUUGGGUUAUUUUAAAUGCUUCACAACGUAUUUCCGUUAUGCGAAGUCCAACUUUUUGGUGUGUCGUCGUGAAGUGGGUGUCCGUCCAAGAUAACGGAGAACUGAUUCUCAGCUGUGCUGGUUACUGCAAUGAAUGGUGACACUAUCCAUCCUGCCACAACCUCAGCUUCCCUAGCAGCACCCCCUAGAGGCUGGAGGGAGUUCUGCGAGCAGCACGCCAUCACCACGGCCCGUCAGUUGGCCUCCCACUACCGGCUGUUCGCCAGCGAGCGCCCCGACCAGGAUGCUGUGUCUUCGGACAUUCUCGCUCGCCACUUCUGCCUCCUCUUCCAGCAGCACUUCCACUGCGAGGCCGCCAAACUCCCGCCGGCGCGGCCAGCGGUCUCGACUCCGCCCCCUCCCGCCCUGCCCCCACCGUCCCAGCCCGCCACCGUGAUAGGACGGCUACGCAUCACUUCCUUCUCGGGGGCGCUGGAUUACCGGGAGGCGGGGCGAUCCGCCGGCCCUUCCCUCUUUGCUGUUUUCUCCCCGAAGGCGCAGCCUGGUCCGGGGGGGGCGGGAGGCGGAGCCGCGGGCGCCGGUCGUACGCAGCCGCAGUCAGGAGGAACUGAGGCCGGGAGUGGAGUGCCCCCCUCCUCCUCCCCCUCCUCCUCCCCCACGCAGGUCACUCACUUUCCCGUGAACCAGAUACGGCAAAGCGUGCGCCGUCUCUUUAAGAAAGAGCCCCUCCCCCAGGGCCCGCCGGCCAAUCCCAACGGGCCGGCGGUACCUUCGCCGGGAGACAGAGUCGGCGUGGCGACCGUGGAGGAGGUGAGGCCCCUUAGCAGCGCCUACAAGGCCAAAGCCCUUGGCUCCUCCUCGCCGGCACAGCACUUCCUGGAUCGCCUGGCGACCCGUAUCCGAGGCGGGAGCACCAGACGUCGGGCGGAGGGGCAGACCUGGCAGCUCAGGUACCUGCUGGAGGAUGAGACCAUCUCAGACAGCCAGCCACACUGGCAGCGCUGCCGGCUAAAGGUCAGGAAGACCAGAGACGGUCUGGGUGGAGGAGUUGGAGGAGAAGGAGGAGGAGGAGGAGGAGGUGGAGGAGGUGGAGGAGGAGUUGGAGGAGAAGGAGAAGGAGGAGAGAGAUACCUGCUAGAGCUCUACGACCCCCCCAAGGAUUCCAGUCCCAAGCUGACAGUGUGUAGUUCAGACAUCCUGGAGGUCCGGCGCUGCACAGAGAUGGAGAUGCCUGACGACAGGAACACCUUUGUUCUAAGGGUGAACCGUCACCCUGGCAACCUGAUCUUCCAGACAGACAGUCCGGAACAGCUGACUUCCUGGACAAACCAGCUCAGAGACUGUGUCUCUCACACCAGUGUGGAUGUGGAGCUGCUGACCUCCCCAGUCGACACAGCUGCCUCGGCCAAUCGUAGCUCAGAGUCUGGCAGCCAGGGCUCUCUGACCUGUGUGCUGCUGGAGCAGUUGUACCACAGGACUGACCCCCACCUGUGCUCCUACCCCUGGUUCCACGGCUCCCUGUCCAGGGUGAAGGCCGCCGGCCUGGUGCAGAACUUCGGCCGCGAGGGCCACGGUGUCUUCCUGGUCCGACAGAGCGAGACACGCCGAGGAGACUACGUCCUGACCUUCAACUACCAGGGCAAGGCCAAGCACCUGCGUCUCUCCCUGACGGAGGCGGGGCAGUGCCGGGUGCAGCACCUGCGCUUCUCCUCCGUGGGGGACAUGCUCAGCCACUUCCGGCUCUUCCCCAUCCCCCUGGAGUGUGGCUCCGCCGGGGACGUCACGCUGUCCAGCUACGUGCUGGCUGGCCACGCCCCCUCGCAAGGCCAGCCCUCCGGAGCGGUCCUCGUCCCUUUCUCCCUGCACCGCUGGAGCUCCGAGCCCAGCUUGGCUCACUGCAGGCUGGCCAGCUUCUCCGGGCUGCUCCCCUCCUCCAGCGCGCCCUCCAGCCAGGCCCCCCGGCCCCUCCCCCAGCCCCAGUACCACCUCUACCCCCUCCAGCCCCUGCACGGGCGCCCCACGCCCCCCCCAGACCCCGCCCCCCCCGGACCCCUGCGGAGAAGCGAGUCUGUGGGUCGCAGGUCCCUCCUGCGACACCCCAACCCCCAACCAGCCUCCCACCCUGGCCUCCUCCCUGGCCUCCUGUCCAGCCACCGGGACUCUGACUACGAGCUGGAGCCGGACCGCGGACGCAAGAGAGCCAUCGACAACCAGUACAUGUUCCUCUGACCCCCUGCAGGCAGUGAGCUCACUUCCUGUCUCGCUCCCCGGGGGGGCCCCCAGAGAGAGACGCACCCCUCCUCCUCCCAGAGACUCACCUGUGUGCUCCCUAAAGGAGGAGGAGGAGCAGGUCUGUCGUGGCAGAGUCCAGACACCCUAACCUGAUUGUCCGCAUUGAAUGUAUUCCAGGGCGGAAGAUGUUUGACAGUUGAGUCGUUGUUACUUGUUUGUUUCGCUGAAUGUUGUGGCUGCAGGCCGGCGUGAGAGAGAGGCACAAACACACACCGCACGACCCACUUCUACCAAACACACACUCUGCACGACACACUUAUACCAAACACACACUCUGCACGACACACUUCUACCAAACACACACUCUGCACGACACACUUCUACCAAACACACUCCGCACGACACACUUCUACCAAACACACACUCCGCACGACACACUUCUACCAAACCUCGUUUUUGUUCUACAUACAGUACGGCUCUAUUUACACUCCAACUAUUUUGUAAAAGGGAACAGUGUGUGGGGGCGUCGAUGAGACGAUCGAUCAACAAGGGGGAGAGUGUGUGUGUGUGAGCGUGUGUGUGAGAGAGUGUGUGAGAGAGAGUUUGCAUGUUGAGGUCUCCACGACUCCAAGAUCAGGGUCAUGACCCCAAGGACUGUGAGGGUGGGGUUAGAUUAGGGGGGAUGUAUCCCUUUCCCCUCAAAAACACAUUCCGAAGCUAUGUCUCUGUACACACCUGGUCUGGGCAUUGACCAAUCAGCAUUAAGCAGUAUUAGCCUUCUUAGCAUUGCCCUCCCUUGUUUCUUAACCCCCAAACUCUCUCUACCAAUCCCAACCUGACUCCUCCUGACAAGGGUCAAGGGUCAGACCUGUGUGGCACUGAGCAGAUGGUCUGAUGUCUUUAAGGCGUGUCUAUGUUCCCUAGUUCAACUUGGCUGACAUCCUCAACUUGGCAUCAGUGCCUUAAAGAUAGGGAUGGCUGUCUCAGGAUAUGACACGCGCGGGACGAAUGGUGUGUGUGUGUGGGGGGGGGGGGGUCACUAUGGCAACAUAAACCAUAUAUAACUCCACCAACCAAAAUAAACUAUUCAAGUUCUGUUACUAUGUUGUUUGUGACUCUGGUCUGCUGCUGUCAGAUAGACGUUAAAACACCGUCACCGGCAACGACACGAUGCACGUAGAGCCUCCGGCCAAACAUUUAGAUUUCUCUCUUUUCCUCUUUCUUUCUUUCUCCCUCCCUCUCCUCCCUCCGUUUGUCUGGCCUCUCAUCUCUCUGUCCUGUCUCUCUCUCUCCCUCUCUCGCUUAACACUAACUCUACUAGCGUCAAGUUAUUUUGUUGUCAAGCUUCCUGUUUUGAAAAGGGACAGUUUUUCAACUUCGUCUCAUGAUGACCCAAUGUUGAUUUUUGAUUUUGUGUAUUUCGGAGUGAAUCCAUAGGCAUAUGGAUGAUGAGAGAGACAGAGAGAGAGAGACAGAGAGAGAGACAGACAGACAGAGACAGACAGACAGAGAGAGACAGACAGAGACAGACAGAGAGACAGAGAGAGACAGACAGACAGAGAGAGACAGACAGAGACAGACAGAGACAGAGAGAGGAGGAGGGGGUAGGCUUUCUUUUGGAGAAGAUUGAAAGACGCGUGUUGUCCUUUUGACUGACACACACUCAGAUUGGGCUGCAUCUGGGACUCAUUCCCCAUAUUCCUUUCGAAUCGAACCCAAAUAUAGUUGCGAUAGCGAUCGUAGACAUGAAGUUCCAGCAGUUCAUUUGUACAAUGGUUCUGAUCAGGUCAUCUUCCUUAUCGAAACUGUUGUUCUGUUCUCGUUGAGGAGAAGGGUGAGACCAAGGUACGGUUUUGUCUCUUGUGCUGACGUUGAAACUAACAAGCUAACCCUGUGUGUGUGUGUGUGUGUGUGUGUGUGUGCGUGUGUGCGUGUGCGUGUGCGCGUGUAGGGAAGACAACAAAGGUAUCUCUUAGGUCUGACCCCGGACCUCUCUCCGAGAGCUCACGGACAGAGCAGAGAGUCGGUGCUUGCACUCGUAGCUGCAUCACGUACGGUGAUGUGACCUGGUUGAAACCAGGGUAUCACGUGGGAGAACUUAGUGCAAUAUCAGAAAGUUGCUUGUAAUGUUGAAUGGUUGAACGCGCGUGUGUUGACUGUUCAGUCCUUGCACUGGAUCAACUUGGAACACCCCAUGUACCUGCCCCAGCCCCCCCAUGCCCCAGCCCCCCCAUGCCCCAGCCCCCCCAUGCCCCAGCCCCCCCAUGCCCCAGCCCCCCCAUGUACCUGCCCCAGCCCCCCCAUGUACCUGCCCCAGCCCCCCCCCAUGUCUUGCCCCCCCCCCAGCCAAGACUACCCCCCCAUCCCUGUUCCCAAAUCAGCAAAAUAUUUUAGUUGUUUAUAUGAGAUUUACAUAUUUCCAUGUAUACAAAUAUAUGAAUAUAUAUAUAUCCCCUUUUGUAAGGCUCUGUAUGUGUCGAGGUUGUUGGAGAAGACGACCCUUGGCAUGUCAGAUGGCGUCUGUCCUGCUUCCUGCUUCCUGUCUCUCAGGACUGGUCAUUACGCAGUAAUGAGUUCACUAGCACUGUAAACAGCCAAUCAGAUCGCACCAAAGCUUCUGUCCCUGUCACACCUUGCCUGUUACAGUAGUUCUUUAUGAUAUGCAUUCUAAAUUAUAUAUAUAUAUGUAUAACUGUAUAUUUGACAUUUUGUAAAAUAAAGCUAACCAAUGAAAUCAAGCUAUCAUGGCCCCGAUACGAUGACUUCCAUAACUCACCCGCUACAUCGUCUCCCAGGAGACGGCAGAGAAUGUUCGCCACUACCGCUAGU